AUGGGUGCGAUAUUUAAACUCACAAUUUUCUAUCUCAAGUCGUGUCGGAUGGAUCGGUUUCGUAAAUCAUUCAGCGUACGCAAGAAGAAGGAUACCGAAACUGCCGAGUCGUCCAAGCCCCAACUUUGGCUCGAAGACGAGAGGAAAAUCAAGGAGGGUUCUUGCAGCUUUCAAGUCAAGAAAAAAGCUCAACGGGCUAUUUUAUAUGUCAGUGGUGACGCUUUACGAGUCUCUGAUGAGAUUAGCAAGCACCUAAUUGUUGAUCAAACCAUUGAGAAGGUAUCGUUCUGUGCUCCGGAUCGUGGUCAUGACAAAGGUUUUGCUUACAUUUGUCGUGAUGGGGCUACUCGUCGAUGGAUGUGCCACGCUUUUCUAGCUGUGAAGGAGUCGGGUGAACGCUUGUCGCAUGCAGUGGGUUGUGCUUUUGCUAUUUGCCUUGAAAGAAAACAGAAACGUGAACGCGAUGCCGUUCAAGCUACCUAUGCUAGUGACGAUGGAACUUUCGUCCGGAUGAGUUCCUUUCGCCAGACUAGUCUUUCUGAACGCCUCCUCGAUCCACAAUCAGCGAUUGUUGUCGACCAUCGUACCGAGGCCCCAUCAAAAUCUCAUACCUUCGAUGCCAAGGUGGACAACGGGGCUGUGGUUCCUUUCGAAGUUGGGCUUGACAAGAGUGCGACUCUACCUAAGCUUGGAAGCGGUGCCAUUCCUCGACCACGUGCCAGUCCUUCCCUCAUUGAGCGACAGUUGCAAACAUCCAUGUUAAUUGAGUCGCAAAUGCCGACUUUUGAAGGGGCAACGAUCCCAGAGGAGACUGGUACCGAGGUAGAGGAGGCACCAGGCACAAACCAUUCAGCAGGGGCCAUUGCAUUGUCCUUGGGAAGGGCAUCUCAAACCUCACAACGGUCUAACUUUGCAUUCCGCAACCCUCUGAUCAAUGAAAUAGCAAGAGGCUCACCCACUUUCCCCGUGUCGUUCGACGAGACUAAUAGCUCAGCCUCUGGAGGAAGAGGGGGGCUUGGUAACCUACUUACUCUGGAUCCAUUCUCUGCCGCCCCUUUCAACCCUGCCACAAUUCAACAACAUCAGGCAGUCCAACAGCAACAGCAGCUGCGAAGUUUAACAAAUUUUUCUUCGAAUACUACCUCACCCAUACCUCCACGCGGAAUUUCACCAGAGCACCUUACUAUGGAAUGUUGUAACGGGAUAGCAGCCUGA